AAUUUGUUAAAAUAAAAGCAAAAACGGAAACAGGGCCCGUGACGAAUCUGCUACUUCCGAUGUAAAGGUCCUGUCAGUCAAGGAGGAAGAAUCUUCCGUCGCUUCGAGCUCGGCACCUGGCCCCGUGGGAAAGGAAGCCCGAUCCUUGCUGAGAACAUGAACGAUUGGAUGCCCAUCGCCAGGGAGUAUGACCCGCUUAAAGCUGGCAGCAUUGAUGGCACCGACGAGGACCCACAUGAUCGAGCUGUCUGGAGGGCGAUGCUGGCACGAUAUGCCCCCAACAAAGGCGUCACAGGAGACCCCCUCCUCACCCUGUUUGUGGCGAGACUAAACCUGCAGACCAAAGAGGAGAAGUUAAAGGAAGUAUUUUCCCGCUAUGGGGACAUCCGGCGGCUUCGGCUGGUGAGGGACUUGGUCACGGGCUUUUCGAAGGGCUACGCCUUCAUCGAAUACAAGGAGGAGCGUUCUCUGCUCAAAGCUUACCGGGACGCCGACGGCCUGGUUAUUGACCAACACGAGAUAUUUGUGGACUAUGAACUGGAAAGGACUCUCAAAGGGUGGAUUCCUCGGCGACUUGGAGGAGGCCUGGGGGGGAAAAAGGAAUCUGGGCAGCUGAGAUUUGGGGGGCGGGAUCGGCCUUUCCGAAAACCCAUUAAUCUGCCAGUUGUUAAAAGCGACCAGUUUCGAGAGGGAAAGAGGGAGAGAAGGGAGCGAUCUCGAUCCCGAGAAAGACACUGGGACUCCAGGACGAGGGAUCGGGACCAUGACAGGGGCCGGGAGAAGAGGUGGCAGGAAAAAGAAUCAACUAGGGUGUGGCCAGAAGGUGACUGGGACAGAGAGAGGGACUUCAGAGAUGACAGGGUCAAGGGGAGGGAGAAGAGGGACAGAAGUAAGUAGACUCCAUCCCCUGCCAAACUCAAACGAAGGUACCCGACCAGUAAAAGCGCAGGGAGACCUGCACUGCUUGUAUACAGAAUCCAAGUCCAGUGGUUGAAUAGAACUUACUGAUGAAAACAAAAACAAAACAGAAGAAACUUACUAAUGAUAAUGGGGUUGGGUACGUUUUCUUUCGACUCUGGAAUGCAGGUUCAAGAUGAACACGCUGAUACUUUGAAUUUUCUCUUCUUCAUCUUAUAGUUUUUGUUUUUGUUUUUUGGGGCUCAUGGGCGGUUUGUGGGAUCUUACUUCCCUGACCAGGGAUUGAACCUGCACCCUCAGUAGUGAAAGUGCAGAGUCCUAACCAUUGGACCACCAGGGAACUCUCUUCAUCUUAUAGUUGUAAGGACCCAUUAUUUGAUAAGCUUGAGAAACAAUUUUGCAGUCACCAGCAUCUGUACAGAAAGACCUAUGUAAGGAGCCACGACUCAUUUAAUUUGGCAGUACGGAAUUUGCUUUUUCUCCCAUCUAUUGGAAAUGGCCAUUUUGAGGGCUUGGCAGAAAGAGGUGAUGACUGAAAACCAUUUGCAUUGAUCUGUGACUCCUGGGAACCCAAAUCUGGUCAGAAUCUAAGUUGUGUGUUUUCCACCUUUAUGUCCAUAGUGCAGGGUUUGCUGCAGUGAAAUAAAAAUGGGUUAGAAAAAUGAAUCCAAGGAGAAUGUCCAGACUUAGUACCAAAAGCCAGUCUUAGCAGUGAUCUGGGUCAGCAACCAGCUUCUCUUGAACAAAUAUAACUCCAUUCUCGAGCCAAAUGCUGACUACCUUUUUUCCUUUUCUCUUUUUGGAGGGGUGGCUGGCAUUUAAAAUGAAAACCCAGAGUUGCAGGGCUUUGGGGCUGUGGUCUGUGGUAAUCCUCCAGCCCUUGGAAAAGAGAAAGUUCAAAAGAAGUGAGAGUGAAAUGAAAAUGAAAUCAAUGAAAGGUUAGUAGCUGGUUCCGAUGGACUGAUUUGCCUUUUCUCUCUUGAUCAUCCAGCCUCUGGUUUGUUUGAAACUGGAUAUAUUAACCUGAACUUCUGAGAGCUUUGAAUAAGUACCAUACUGUUCAUGUGAUUUUUCAAGAAAGUGACAUUCAACCUUUUUCUUUUAUCCAUGGCUGUGUCUUUGAAAGUUCAGGUUCUUAAAAUUCAGGAUGUCUCAUGUAAAGUAAAUGUCUGAUUUAGUAGCAAGACUCACACAUUCAUUACUAGGUUUUUGCAUCAGGAGUAUGAAUCUCAUCGUUACAUAGGGGACCUACGAUAUCUUAAAAGUGCUAUCAGCUGUUAGAACUGUUUUAGGAGACUAUGCUCUUUCCUUUGUAAAUUUCCAGUGCAGAAUUUCACUCUUCUCCCAAAUCUCAGAAGACCGCCUUGCAGGAACACCUUUAUGAUUUCACCCAUGUUUCAUUUACAACGUGUGUUAUGAGCUAGAGUUGGUAGGUACAUUAGGUAAACAAGCUGCUCCACAUCAGGGAAGCUGAGUCGUGAGACGGCUUCAGAAGAAACACACACAGGGGCAGCAGUGUUUACGUAGUGUUCACAGAGUCUAAGCUGGCGGCUAUCAACCCUGAGUACCAGAAUAGCGAUGGAUGGAAAAAAUAGGCACAUUCAGUCCCCACCCCUGGACAUUUGGGCUUAGUCUUACAAUGGCCCUGGUAACUAAAAAAAAAAAAAAAAUUAGUAGAACCCCCCCCCCGCCCCCCCGUCAGGGACUGUAGUUGUCAACAUGGCAAAGGCGGAUACCCUCCGACCCGGCAAUUCUGCUGCUAGUUUAUUCUGCAGACUGAUGCACGUGUGUGAGUGUGCAGCGCUGUUUUAGAAAGAUUGGAAGCUACCUGUCCACCAGUGGGGCCUGGACAAACAUGAACAAAUUACACUCGAUGGUCGACCAGGGUUCCUCAGUCUUGGCACUAUUGACAUUUGGGGCUGGAAAGUUCUUUGGUAUCGGGUGCCGUCCUAUGCAUUGUAGGAUAUUUAGCAGCGUCCCUGGGGCCUACUGGAUGACAGUAGCACCCACCCAGUUGCGACAACCAAAAAUGUCUCCAGUGAGUGCCAAAUAUCCCUGGGGGCCAAAAUCACCCCUGGUUGAGACCCACUGUCUUUUAUACUGGUGUGAAGUCAUGUCCAGGGUAUUCUAAGGAAAGAAAGGUAUGGGAUAGCAUGUGUAUAACACGCUGCCAUUUAUGUAGAAAGAGAACAGAAAUAUAUCUGUAUUUUUGUACAUGAUUGCAUGUAUAUUUAUAAAUUACUUCAGGAAAGACACCCAGGAAACUACCAACACUGGUCACCCCAGGAGGAAGACAACCAAAGGUGAUGCGGGGAGGGGGAUUCCUCAGCACACAUGCUUUUAUACUCUCUGAGAAUAAACUCUAAUAGUUCUAAUGGGCAGUCAGGUUGGAGAACCACUGCUCUAAACCAAC